AUGAUCUCGCCAGAUAUUUUAGAUAGUAUAGCCUCGAGGUUCCUACUAGGUCUGGAAGACCAGGAAAAAAAUGCAGUCGAGAGGCUCUUCUUUGCAGUAGAGGAAGCCCAUUGGUUCUUGAUAGACAACUAUAAAAUUUUGGACACCUCGUUUGGAGACUUCAGCCGCCAGCUUUUGGAUCAUGUUGGGAUCAAGGUGAACAUCGAGGAGGCUCUUAAAAGCUUCGUUAGAUACAGGCAGUCUGUAAAGGUCUAUGGAGCGAUUCUUGUGGACUCUAACAUUUCUCAUGUACUGGCUGUUAAGGAAAAGAAGAAAACAAAGAAUUACUCCUUCCCAAAGGGAAAGAAAUGCAUGGAUGAGGAUGGUACAAGCUGUGCUAUCAGAGAAGUUUAUGAGGAAACCGGUUACGAUGUGCAGAACAAAAUAUGUAAUCUCCCAAUAACGAUAUUCGAUAAGAUUACCCUUUACUUUGUAUUCAAUGUCAGGCCAUCCUUUCCAUUUGAAGCCCAGACGAGAAAAGAAAUCGAAGAGAUCAAGUGGUUAUCGAUAAAGAAGCUGACAAAGGGGGAAUAUAGAAGAGGAUAUUCUAUUGUUUCAGCCGCUUUCAAAAGAGCUUCAUAUCUACUUGAGGCCAUGAGAAAAUCCAGGUUUAGAUUCAACACAAAAAGGAUAACCCAAAGAAUUGACAGACUCGUUGGCCAGAAGAAAACACAAGAAUAG